UGUGAGUGCAAGUUGUCGGGAAAUGGAUUAUUGUUUUUUGUCUUUUUGCCCUAUCCAUCUCUAACAUGCACCGCUGCUGGAUGUUAACGUUGUAACGGACCUGCUUAAGGAGAAAAGGUGUGGGUCGAUCCUAAAAAGAAAAGAAAACAAGGCAACAGCGAAGAAGGACUCUCGUGAAAUAAUGGAUGCCACCACGAGACAACAAAGAAUGCACGCUUGUCACCUCGUGGAUUUCAUAUAUCCUGUAGGUAAAUAGAGAGUCCAACAUAUUAAUCGGCUUUGACUUCAUUUUAAUAGGAUUUAAUAUCAACCCCCCUUCACACCCUCGCUGUUUUUUGCCUGAGGAAGAAACGACAUCAACAUUUUGCCAUAUGCUCAUUUAAAAACACCAAGAAAACACUAGGACAGUCUAACAAUGAAGAACCGGACUGAACAUGUAGGCAUGGGAGGAUGAUGUUGUUGGACACUUCUGACUUUAAUGCUGGUGCCUCACAGUGCGUGGCUCGCAGCCUUCAUUGGCUGUGUCCAUGAGAAAUAAUGCUUCCCCAUUGGCUGGAUAGCAGUGCACAUGCUAUAACAACAGGAUAUGCAAAGAGCUAUGGGCUGAUCUAAUAGCCUAUCAUGUUUCCAGCACGCUUUUUUGACCGAGAUCUGUAUUUUAUUUAAUAGGAUGUGAACUGCCUACUUGAAUCAAAUGGUUCGGAUGCCAUAAUAAUAAUAUUAGCCUAAUAAUAAUAAUAAUCAUAAUAGGCCUAAUAAUAAUAAUGAUAAUUUAUAAUGGACCUGCCACAGUCAAGCUGAAGGCUGUUUUUAUCUCACGGAUGUUUUUCAAUGAACUCAAAGUGUUGUUACUGAUGCGCUCUGGAUCAAGCAGGAGGACUGACACACACCCGGACACACGCACCAGGAUGCGAGGGCUCGCCAUAGGAGGCUGUGGUUGGCCGCCUCUGAGCUGCUCUCACCGGGACGAUGAGGAGGAAUAUUACGGCUCGGAGUCCCGGCCACGCAGCCUGGCAGUGGAGGACACGGAGGAAGACAAACCCGAGGGAGGAGCAGGCCUGGACGCCGCUUCCCUGCCAAGCCUCUCGGAGAGCGGGACGCGGUCACCGCAGUGCCGGAUCUGCUUCCAGGGCCCGGAGAAGGGGGAGUUGUUGAGCCCUUGUCGCUGUAACGGCUCUGUGCGCUGCACUCACCAGUCCUGCCUUAUCCGCUGGAUCAGCGAGAGAGGCUCCUGGAGCUGCGAGAUCUGCUACUUCAAGUUCGAGGUCCUGGCCAUCAGCACCAAAAACCCUCUGCAGUGGCAGGCCCUCUCUCUGACUGUGAUUGAGAAGGUGCAGAUUGCGGCCAUGAUCCUGGGCUCUUUGUUCCUCAUCGCCAGCAUCUCCUGGUUGGUGUGGUCCUCUCUCAGCCCUUCAGCCAAAUGGCAGCGGCAGGAUCUCCUCUUCCAGAUAUGCUACGGCAUGUACGGCUUCAUGGACAUAGUUUGCAUCGGCCUUAUAAUCCAUGAAGGAUCGUCUGUUUACCGGAUCUUUAAGCGCUGGCAGGCGGUGAACCAACAGUGGAAAGUGCUGAACUAUGAGAAAGCAAAGGACUUAGGAGACCCCAUCAGUUCUUGCAAAGUUCGCGUUGAGAGGAACUCAGACGGCGGACAGAGGGCGAGUCGACAUGUCAGGACUAUUCUCAACCACCACUGUGGCUACACCAUUUUACACAUCCUCAGCCAGUUAAGACCCAACAGCCUGCGCAGAGACAACCAUGAGGUGGUGAUGAGGGUGACCACAGUAUGAGGCCAACGUGCUCCGAUGUUUAGGGAGGAGGUCAACGUGUUGAUUGGGAUUUAAUUGUCGUUUUUUAAAUCCUUAUCUGCCACAUAAACACUGACGGUUACUUUUGGUCGCACAGAAUCUCCCUGAGCUCAAAGUGGACCAUGAGAAAUAUUUCUGAGAUUUGGGCAAAGGGAGGGUGUUGCAGUGAUUAUAAACAAAGACUGUGAAAACGUGACAAUUAAAAAAGAAAAAGUUUGAUUCCUAAAGCUUUCAAAAACAAUGUUUACCACCAUGACCAAUCUUACAAAAUGUCAUUGAAAUAUUUAUUUCCUUUCCGAAGAAAAAAUAAAAUGAAUGUCAUUUAGUUUGAUUUGGAUUUUACUCUAUAAUAGAGGGUUUAUUGGUGAAAGCGAUCGUGCUCCUAUCAAUAUGCUCCUGAGGGUCUGCCAUGAUCUGACAGAUGUUUCACUUGAAGCAGCAUCGAUGGAUCAAACGUAAGAUAACAAAUAAACUCUGAGAUACAACACAAUUGCUCGAACUUUUAAGUUAAAAGUACAAUUCAUGUUUUUGUA